AUGACGCUCGGCCAAGCCUCUGAGCUCCGACUUCUCCCAGCGGCUGCAUCAUCGCGUCUGGCAUCCCGCACCUCCGGCAGCAGCAACAUGGGCGCAGAGAACUCGAAACCCUCCUCGGAGGUCAAGCAGCAUGUCUUCUCCACAGAUCAUCCUGUACGCUUCUCAAACGAACUGGUAGACUCGCUACAGAAAAACACAUUUACGGAUGCCACGCGCUCAAAAGCCCAGGAGCUGCAGUACCAGGAGCGCCUGACCGCCGAGCUUGAGAAGCUGCGCGAACAGGGAUCGCAAGACUUCUCCAAGUUCAGCGAGACCCUGUCCGGCGAGGAGCAGCCCCAGGACUCGGAACCCUCCUUCACAGAGAAGCUUGCCGAUGCAACUUCGUCCUCCUCCACCCUCGCCGAGAAGCAGAAGCAGAAGGACAUGAGCAGGACAAGCGUCACCAAGGAGAUUGAGCAGCUGCGCGCCAAGCUCGAGCAGAGGAAGAAGUUGGAGCAGGUCGACGCAGACCUGAACAAGGCAAAGGACGAUGUCGUCACAUGCUUAAGGAUGCACGACCGCCGACCGCUGGACUGCUGGAAGGAGGUCGAGACAUUCAAGAGGGAGGUCGGCAGGCUGGAGAAGGAGUUUGUCGAGAGGACAAUUCGAUGA